UGUCUCCCUGAUGUCCCCUCGCUGUCCCCAUGGUGUGACCAUGCUGUCCCCUGUGUCCCCACAGGCUGUUACAAGAUCACCACCGUGUUCAGCCAUGCCCAGACCGUGGUGCUCUGCGUGGGCUGCUCCACCGUGCUGUGCCAGCCCACGGGGGGCAAGGCCCGGCUCACCGAGGGCUGUUCGUUCCGGCGGAAGCAGCACUGAGAGAGCCGGGAUGCCACGGAGAGACGGGAAUUCCGCCCGAUCCCUGUAGCCCCCUCCCGCUUCCCACCAAUAAAUUUUGGAUAAAACAC